CUCUUUUCUAAUUGUCAACCAUUUUACCAACAUGAGUGCCACAGAGCUGAAAGACCUCGGCAACAAGGCGUUCGCCGCGAAAGAUUACGACAAAGCGAUCGAUCUGUUCACGCAAGCCAUCGCGGUUGACCCCAAGAACCACGUCCUGUACUCGAACAGGAGUGCCGCACACGCAGGGAAGAAGGAGUGGGCGGCUGCGCUAAGUGAUGCUGAGGAGGUGUGUGUUAUAAUCGCCGCUCGCCAGGGUGGAUCAAUUACCAAUACACGCAGUGUGUGUCCGUGAACCCGUCUUGGUCGAAGGGAUUCGCGAGGAAGGGUGCGGCUCUACAUGGCGCGCGACGAUACGACGACGCGAUCGCCGCGUAUGAAGAAGGCUUGAAGCUGGAGGACAGCCCGGCGUUGCGGAAGGGAUUGAAGGAGGUCCAGGAUGCCAAAUGUGCGUGGAUCUUAUGGCUCAGGCAUAUCGGUCUCUUGAAUUGUUAUAGCCGCGGAGUCUCAAGAGCCCACUGGUUUUGGGAAGAUCUUCUCGGACCCUGCGCUGCUCGGCAAGAUCGCGGCUAACCCACGGACGGCUAAACAUAUGGCGGACCCUUCGUUCGUGCAAAAGCUGCAAAUGAUGCAGAGGAAUCCUGCCCUUGCCGACUCGUUCAUGCAGGACCCUAGGAUGAUUGAUGUUCUCGGAGUUGCCAUGGGUAUCGACAUGCAAGGCUUUUCCAGGCCCGAAGGCUCUGACGACAUGCCGCCCGGCGUGGUGCCCACCGAGCAAUCCAGCCCAUCACCUGCAGCCUCGUCCUCGAAGCCGACACCGACACCGGCACCAGCGCCCGCCCCGGCAGCGCCUGUGGCCGAAGAUGUGGAGAUGGAGGAUGCAGAUGAUGAAGAGGCUCAGGCCAAGAAGGAGGCAGAGACUGCAAAAAAGCUCGGUGGCGAAGCUUACAAGAAGCGUGACUUCGAAGAGGCCGAGAAACAAUUCUCCAAGGCUUGGGAUCUCUGGCCGAAGGACGUUACCUUCCUGACUAACUUGGGAG